CUGUCAAUCAGAAGCGAAAGCCCAUACAGGAUUCCAGAGGCUCCGCCUUUCUGUCAGCCAAUCACACUGGCGCAGACGUCAAUAAGCACACUCCCAACCAUGUCUGCUCCCGACGUGCUGAAGGCUGCGUCCACGGAGCCAGAUCCUGUGAAGCGGAUGAAUAUAUACCAGAAUAUAGUCAGGACAGAGGUCUCUGAUCCAGAUGAGGUCGCAAUAAAAGCCAAGGAACAAGCCAUACUUGAACUCGGAAAUAUGAUGGCAAAAAGCUCAGACGCAAAAGGGCUGGCUGAUCUGAUUGUUCUGACCCGACCUUUCUUGAAACAAAUCAGCAAAGCAAAAGCCGGUCGGUUGGUGCGUACUUUGGUGGACCUAUUUCUCAACCUCGAAGCGGGCACGGGACGUGAAAUAGACCUCUGUCGUGAAUGCAUUCAAUGGGCGAAUGAAGAACGGCGGGUAUUUUUGCGUCAGGCUCUGGAAACUCGUUUAAUAGGACUCUAUUAUGAGAAUGGACACUAUGAAGAAGCGCUCAAACUAGGCAGCACUUUACUAAGAGAACUUAAAAAACUGGACGACAAAGUUUUGCUGGUCGAGGUUCAGUUAAUGGAGAGCCAAGUCUACUAUCGUCUAGGAAAUUUACAGCGGUCCCGGGCGGCUCUUACCUCCGCACGCACCACUGCCAAUGGAAUCUACUGUCCGCCAAGGCUUCAAGCAUCAUUGGACCUACUGUCCGGGAUUCUCCACGCAGCUGACGAGCGCGAUUUCAAGACUGCCUGUUCUUAUUUCUAUGAAGCGUUCGAAGGUUUCGAUUCAAUAAGUUCAAACCAUGCAGUUGAUGCACUGAAGUACAUGCUUUUAUCGAAGAUUAUGUUAAAUUGCCCUGAAGAGAUACCAAACAUAUUGACUGGGAAACUAGCUCUAAAGUACAACAGUCCUCAUCUGGAUGCUAUGCGUGAAGUGGGUCUUGCUGCAAAGAACCGGUCAUUGGGAGAUUUCCUAGCUGUCCGAAACAAAUACCCAGUGGAGCUGUUAGAGGAUCCCGUGGUCAGUCGUCAUCUGAACUGCUUCUACGAUACCCUCUUUGGACAAAACCUGCUGAAGCUCAUUGAACCAUACUCACGUGUGCAGAUUGGCCACAUUGCAAAAUUGAUCAACUUACCGCUGGAUGUUGUGGAGAAAAAAUUAUCCCAGAUGAUUCUGGACAACGAGCAUAACGGCAUCCUAGAUCAAGGAUCUGGUGUACUGGUUCUACGUGAGCCCCAAUGUGAGGGUAAAGAUUAUCCUCAUGCCCUCGCUGCUGUCCACUCGCUGAAUGGAAUCGUGGAUAUGUUAUUCCAGAAAACAACAAAACUAAAAUAACUUUCCGUCGCCGAUUCCUGUUGUGAACGGUUGAUUAUCAUCUCGUGUUACCUGCUCAGUACAGUUCUUCCUUGAAAUCCCAUU